AUGGAGAAGGAAUUCAUAGAAAUUAAUUCCACAGUUGAAUCAGACGAUGAAACUGUAGAAGAAAUUAUUAUGGAAACCUUCUCUGCAGAAUCUCCUGAAAACAUGGUCUCUGAGGAAAAGGGAUCUGUGAAAGUCACUUCCACAGACAGUUCAACUGUUGAUCCCAAAGGUGACCUUAACAAAACAGAAUCAACUGAAUCUGUUCCAUCUAAAAAGAAGUGGUCGCGUAGAAACAGAAGGCCAAAGAGAAAGAAUGUUAAAAAGGAAAACUCAAAUCUCAAGCAAACAGAACCCAAGCUCAAGGGUAAGGUAGCGGAUAGUUACUCUUGUGCUGACAAUUGUGAGCCGGGUACAUCCAAGAUCAAGCAUCCUCGAAAGCACUCAGCGUCAAAUGAAAGGAAAAGACGUGAUCAGUUCUCGAGAAUAACACAAGCUGAACUAGAUGUGUUUUUCUCAAAAAGCAAAUCAGGGGGCAUCAACUCAUGUCUAUUCAGAAACAAACAAGAUGACCCCGACGUGAUAGUGAGAAACAAGGCUCGACUGGCAAUUCAAGGCUUCGAUCAAGUUGAAGGUCUGGAUUAUGAUGAGGUGCACGCACCGGUGGCACGUCUGGAGGCCAUUCGUAUGAUGAGAAAGAAGUUCGAAAGGCGCUCGUUGAGAGAAGUGAAAAUGUUUUUGGGCUUACAAGUUCAUCAAAACAAGGAUAUGAAGUGUACAUCAGCUGGAUGCCAAUUCUUGGGGGACAGUCUCAUCUCAUGGCAGUGCAAGAAGCAACAGCUCACUUUUGCAGCGGAAGCAAAGUGCGUUACAGCAUCUGCUGCCUAUUGCUCUCAGGUUCUUUGGAUACAACACCAGCUCAAGGAUUACGGUUUGACUUAUCUAAACUCUACUACUUAUUUUGAUAAUGACUACUUAUUUUGA